CGGGAGUUUCAUAGACUCGGUGGGUCUAUCGCAAGAGAUGGCGAUGGGGACGCGAAGGAGUUUCACCCUAGGCGCAGCGAUGCUUUUCUCCCUUGAAGUUGCCGACGUCACCCUGGACGGUAAGGACCUGCUGAAGACCGAGGGCGGAAGAGUGGAUGCAACUAUAGCAACUGUAACACCAUUAAACUCGAGUGAACAGCAUCCUGGUACCUUGGAUUUCAGUUUAAAUAUGAACUAUUUUUUAAUGGAGGAGCCACAUGACUCUGAAUUAGCCUUCUACAAGAAUUAAUCUUUAGAUAAUGCAAUUGGAUUUGUGGCACUGAAUUUUUUUUUUCCCAACGUGAUGGCAGGAGUGACCUUGUGUGAACCAACAGAACUGUAUAAUUUGUUGAAUCAGUCUACAAAGAUCUCUAGAUUAGCAGAGCCAAACUAUCUCUGUUUAUUGGAUGCUCGUACCAAGAGGGAAUAUAAUGAAAGCCACUUGAUGACAGCACUAAGAGUCAAAACAAAUCCAUUGGGCAAAUAUUUGGUGCCUCAAUCCGUCAGCCUGGAGUGUGUUCGAUACUGUGUAAUAUAUGAUGGCAAAACAGAAACUGUGGAUGCGGCUUUUGAUAUGGAUUAUGAUCUACUUGACGUGGAUAAAGAACUAACACCAUUUGACACAGGAUUGGAUAUAAAGGAAUUAAGAAAGAAGACAUCCUCUGAAUAUAAUGCUAAAGAAGGCUCUGCGGCACGCUGUGCAAGAAUUAUGCAGCGGCUCACCCGCUUUCCAGUCAUGGUCUUAAGAGGCGGUUAUGAACGCUUUACAGCCUCCUACCACUACCUCAGGACACAAAAGAUCUUUUGGAUGCUUCAAGAAUUGGAAGCCUUUAAAACUUAUCCAGUAGAAAUCGUGCCUGCUAAGCUGUACAUGGGAAACUACACGCAAGCCUGCGACAGCCAGAUUCAGAAGGAUCUGAAAAUCAAGGCUCACAUUAAUAUCUCUGAGGAAGCUGGCAUAUUCUUCCUUGAAGACACAGAAAAACUCCUUCAUAUUCCUAUUCCUGAUUCUCUAGAGGCAGAUUUGUUUUCUCACUUUCGCCACAUUUGUCACUUUAUUGAUGGUAACCUACAUAAUGGAGCAGUCCUGGUCUUCUCCACUUUGGGAAUAAGCAGGUGUAGCACAGCUGUGAUGGCUUACCUUAUCCAUUCUUGCAGGCUUUACUUGAAGAACGCCUGGAAGCAUGUCCAGAAAUGUAAAAAUAACAUACGGCCCAAUCGAGCAUUUGUGCAGCAGCUGUCAGAUUGGGAACAAAAAUUCUAUAUAACUGCCAUCACUGACAUUUCAGAACCAAAUUACUGAUCAGUAGCGCUGUUUAUUGUGAGUUAGUGGGGCGGAAAAAGGAGAAGGAAACCCACAUUUAUUUUUCAGAAACUGUUGAAAGAAAACGUUACCUUCCAUUGUUGCACUAUUGCUGACUUUAUCGUCUGUCUCACACACUAACAGACACUUCAUUAUGUUUUUACUUUUCAUGAGCUUGUUUGUCGAGGUCAGAAAGGUAUUAUAUAGAAUAAACUUCCAGGCAUCCAAAAUGCUAUUCCUCAAUCAAGAUGCUUCCACUAAAAAUCUCUGUUUGCAGCUACAGAUCAAGAAAAGCUGUAGCCCAUCCCUAUGGAACACUGUAUCACCAGAGGUGAGAAAUGCUUGGCCUUCCAGAAGAAUAUUAAAACUUGGCUUUGCCACUUGGUA